AUGCUCCCCCAUUUAAUGAAAAUGAAUUUAUCUGUGAAGAUGGGAGGAUUAACUCUCAAGGGUUCGCCAAACACUUUUUUAAAGGUUAACCCAAUCACCAAGAGGUUCAAGCAUGAAUAUGCACCACGGUUCAAGAUUGUACAGAAGAAACAAAAAGGUAGAGUGCCCGUUCGUACAGGUGGUUCAAUCAAAGGAUCCACUUUGCAGUUUGGUAAAUAUGGGUUACGACUAAAAAGUGAGGGUAUUAGGAUAUCUGCGCAACAACUUAAAGAAGCAGAUAACGCUAUUAUGAGAUACGUCAGACCUCUGGUCAAUGGUCAUUUAUGGAGACGUUUGUGUACAAACGUUGCUGUAUGUAUCAAGGGUAACGAAACAAGAAUGGGUAAAGGUAAAGGUGGAUUUGACCACUGGAUGGUGAGAGUACCCACAGGAAAGGUUCUUUUUGAAAUAAAUGGUGAUGAUUUGCAUGAAAAAGUGGCACGUGAGGCCUUUAGAAAAGCAGGAACCAAAUUACCUGGAGUAUAUGAAUUCGUAUCAUUGGAUUCUCUGGUUAGAGUCGGACUGCAUAGUUUCAAGGAUCCCAAGGAUGAUCCUGUGAAGAAUUUUUACGAUGAGAGAGUAAAGAAACCGUCAAAGAAAUAUUUGAAUGUUCUGAAAUCUCAGGAAGCACAGUAUAAACUCUUUAGAGGCCGUUGA